AUGCUGCAACAGGUCAAUGGAGAAGAGGACCCAGAAGGGGCCCCCCUUGUACCCUCCAAUGACGAAGAAGCAGCAGCAAAGCAGCAGCAGCAACAGCAGCAGCAGCAGCAGAAGCAGCAAGAGGAGUCCCCUCUUUCGGUUGCACAUGGGGUACAGGGGGCCCCCCUUGCUGCUGCCAAUGAGGUACAGGGGGCCCCUCCUGCUACUGCUAAUGAGGUACAGGGGGCCCCUCCUGCUGCUGCCAAUGAGGUACAGGGGGCCCCCCUCUCCCCUCUAAUGCAGCCACGGGGUGUAUCGUCUGGUGACAGGUCUCAUGACAGCACGGGUUACUCACCAGAUGCAGCAGCAGCAGCAGCAGGAGCAGCAGCAGGAGCAGCAGGAUCAGCAGGAGCAGCAGGAUCAGCAGGAUCAGUAGCAGCAGCAGCAGCAUCAGAAGGGACAUCAGAAGAAUCCCCACAAGCAGCAGCAGCAGCAGCUAAGCAGCAAGCAGCAGGUGCAGCAAGAACAGGCUUUAUGGGUUUGCUGCAACAGGUGCAGCAGCAGCUGCAGCAGCUGCAUGCAAAUAUAUUUCCCCCUAAGCAGAAAAUGCAUGCAGCAGCAGCAGCAGAAGACGCACCUGCUGCUAAUGUAUCUCCCUUUGGUGUUACAGCAGAACAACUCGCUAAGGAUUUAGAUGCAAUGCAGCAGCUAGGGGGUACAGAGGGUAUAGCAAGGGCCCUCCUUACUGAUCUACGAUUAGGUCUAGAUAUAGGGGAGGGGCCCCCUCUUGAGGGGGGCCCCCAAGCAGCAGCAGCAGCAGCAGCAGCAGCAGCAGCAGGAGGGGAGAGCAGACUUAGUGUUGCUGCAGAUAGGAGAGGGACAACUAACGAAGCAGCAGCAGCAGCAGCAGCAGCAGCAGCACUACUUGCUGCUAGGAAGAGUGUCUUUGGAGAGAAUAAUCUACCACAGAGACCACCUACACGUAAACCCUAA